AAAGAAGGGCCGUUUUAAUGCAAAAGAAGAAACGAAUUAAGGAAGCUCCAUUAAUGUUAAACCAUGUAUUCAUUCCUUCUCUCACCCAAAACUCGGAUCCAUCUUCUUCUUCACUACUUAAUUCUUCAGUUUUUAUUAUUCUCCUUGUCUCCAUAAAGCUACCAUACACACCACAUUUUUCUACUUUUGUUUCUACAAGAUAUAUUCUUUCCCUCAACUCGUUUAUCACAAUGUCAUUUAACUUCCCAUGCAUUGUCUUUUUAUUAAAGUAAUGGUUCGCUCGUCUAUAUAUUGAUUUUUAUAUUUGUAGUGAGUAAACAGAGAAGAACAAAUAAAAAUUAAUAUGGAGAGCUAUUUGAAUGAGAAUUUUGGAGGAGUGAAGGCGAAGCACUCCGAGGAGGAGAUGCUACGCCGAUGGAGGAGUCUUUGUGGUGUAGUUAAGAAUCCAAAACGUAGAUUUCGUUUCACUGCAAAUCUCUCUAAGCGAUAUGAGGCUGCUGCCAUGCGGCGUACAAAUCAUGAGAAAUUAAGGGUAGCAGUUUUGGUUUCCAAAGCUGCAUUUCAGUUCAUAUCAGCCGAGAAAGAGAGUGUAUCCAAUUUUGUUGGAGCAGGAAAGGGUGCCUCCAAUCCAUUGUUAUUGGUAACAGCCUCAACGAUUGUGUAUCUGUCAGCCACCCAUUCAUACGUACCAGCUCGUAUUGAGUAA